AUGGGCGAAGCGCGCGACGUGCCCAUGGACGGAAUCAAGUUCGUCUCGUUCGAGCGCGAUAGCCCCGUGGCAGCGAUCGGCACACAGGACCUGAAGGGAUGCAGCGUGGCGAUGAUCGUGUCUACUCACGGCGCGCUGAUGGCGCACAUUCCUCCCAUGCCGUACAGGACUCUCGACCCGCAUGCUGGCGAGCGCCAUGUCCACGCCCUGAUGCACCGCAUGCUUCGACCUGAUGGAGUACGAGUACCGCGACUGUUUUCCGCGACCAGCCGCUUGGCGGCCGUCGUGUGCGCUACGGUCGACGACGGCCAGGUCGCUCUGCCCGGGCAGGUCGAUCUCAUGUGCGACAUGCUGGUGCGGUAUGCUGGGGUCUCGCGUGUCCGCGUCGCGGGUUACGAGGUGGUUCCGAGCCCGAAUUAUGGCGCUGAGGGAACGGUCUUUAUUGAUGGUCGUCGUGGGUGUCCGUUCCCUCCCAAGAUCUAUGUCGAGGAUCACGAGAUGGCUGACUAUCUGACUAACUGA